AUGAACGUCGGAGUGUGGAAGAAAGGCGAGGCGGUCUGCGGCGUGUACGAGAACAAGUAUGGCGUUUCAGACAAGACCAAGUCCAGCUGGGACUGCGACAGCAGGGGCACGGCCAGCGUGACCGACAAUAGCAACGUCGUCGAACCCAACUCGAUCAGCGGUUGGAACGGCGAGGUCCAGCUGACGGAUUACCGACAUGAUGUGGAAAAGUGUGGUGCGACCGGGAGCGGUGGCAGCGUCAACUGUUCGUACUUUGGGAAGCUCCUGAUCAUCUCCAGCGUAACAGGGGGCGCGUCGUGGGUCGAAGCUGCAUUCGUCGAGCAAACAGCAAACACACAGAUACACCACUCAAUCUCGUACCUGCACUCUUUUAGGCGGGAGCGACGACGGAUCGCGACAGACUGA